CUGGGGGGCGAAGCAGCCGAGGAAGGCGGUGUUUCGUAUUCUUAUUUAUUUUGUUGUCAGCCCCUCCCUCCCUCCUCCCUCUUGUCCUUUAAUAUUGAAUUCCGCUGUUUCGGAGUGCUUGCUUAAACCAGCGUGCCGUCCAGUUUGUAGCUGUCAUUGGAGAGCCCGCCCGCCUGCCGCUCGCUUUCAGAGGAAGCGGAGCUGUCGACAAUUAGAAACGGAAGCCGGGGCAGACUCUUUCUGAAAAGCAAAGGAAGGAGCGAACGCACUGCGAACAGCUGCUCUUGACGGGCGGGUCCAAACCCUCGUCUUUACUUUUUUUUUUUUUUUUGGACUGUUCGUUUUUGAUAUUUUUAAUGGGACAUUUUCACCCGUGACAACCCUCAGUUGUGGGACUCUGCCAAGUCUGCUUCUUCUUUCCCACCCCCCCGGCUGCCGGCCCGGCGCCGCAGCCACCUCGGGGAUUUGUGGGCCUCGGCCUUGGCUUUCGGGAGUGGCUGUCACCCAGGGGUGCAACGCGGAGCGCUGGAGUAGGAGGGUCCGCUGCGCCGGCGCCCGCCAUGGCGGGGAACACGAAGAGGGGUGGUGGGCUGAUAGGGCUCAUGAAGGACGCUUUCCAUCCGUGCAACUACCAUCUGAAUGCACACCAUCAGCCUGGGGCUGUGGAUAAGAAGACCGUGGAGAAGUGUUGGAAGCUAAUGGACAAGGUGGUUCGGCUGUGCCAGAACCCAAAAUUGGCAUUGAAGAACAGCCCUCCUUAUAUCCUGGAUUUGCUCCCUGAUACUUACCAGCAUUUGCGGAGCACUCUGAUUCGCUAUGAGGGCAAAAUGGAGAUGCUGGGAGAAAAUGAGUAUUUCAGGGUGUUCAUGGAGAAUCUAACAAAGAAGACAAAGCAGACCAUUACCCUUUUUAAGGAUGGCAAGGAACGUAUGUAUGAAGAAAACUCACAGCCCAGGCGCAAUCUGACUAAGUUGUCAUUGAUAUUCAGUCACAUGCUGGCCGAGCUGAAAGCCAUCUUCCCUAAUGGGACAUUUCAGGGAGAUACUUUUAGGAUUACAAAAGCUGAUGCAGCUGAGUUCUGGAGGAAAGCCUUUGGGGACAAGACGAUUGUGCCCUGGAAAGUGUUUCGACAAGCCCUCCAUGAAUUUCAUCCCAUUAGCUCUGGACUAGAGGCAAUGGCUUUGAAGUCAACCAUUGACCUCACCUGCAAUGAUUACAUCUCUGUCUUUGAAUUUGACAUCUUUACACGGUUGUUUCAGCCUUGGUCAUCACUUCUCAGGAAUUGGAACAGUUUAGCUGUAACGCAUCCUGGCUACAUGGCUUUCUUGACAUAUGAUGAAGUAAAGGCCAGGCUUUUGAAGUUUAUUCACAAACCAGGCAGUUAUAUAUUUCGAUUAAGUUGCACUAGACUGGGUCAGUGGGCAAUUGGUUAUGUUACUGCAGAUGGAAAUAUACUCCAGACGAUACCACACAACAAACCACUGUUCCAGGCCCUCAUCGAUGGAUUCAGGGAAGGAUUUUAUCUCUUUCCGGAUGGCCGACCUCAGAACCCUGAUCUCACAGGCCUAUGUGAGCCCUCACCACAGGAUCAUAUCAAAGUAACACAGGAGCAGUAUGAGCUGUAUUGUGAAAUGGGAUCCACUUUCCAACUUUGCAAGAUCUGUGCUGAAAAUGACAAAGAUGUGAAGAUUGAGCCAUGUGGGCAUCUCAUGUGCACCUCAUGUCUGACAGCAUGGCAGGAGUCAGAAGGUCAAGGGUGUCCAUUUUGCAGAUGUGAAAUUAAAGGUACGGAAUCAAUUGUGGUGGACCCUUUUGACCCAAAAGACAACAGUGGUGGAAGCUUCAGUGGCAGCAGAGGUCUGUUUGGCACAGAGGGUGCACCAUCGCCUAGUUACGAUGAUGAUGAUGAUGAUAGGCUAGAGGAGCCGCUCUUCACUAUGACUACUCUGGCACGUGCUAAGAUGGAGCGUCCUUCAUCUCCAGUUUCAAUGAGUCCACUUGAUUCUUUGCCUCCUGUACCACCCCGGCUUGACUUAUUACAACAAAGACCUUCAAGCUCCACUGGUUCUUCUAGUCCAGGGGCCACUUCAAAGGUGUCUUCACAUCACAAGGAUAAACCAUUGCCUCUUCCUCCAUCUCUCCGGGACCUUCCUCCACCUCCACCACCUGACCGACCACACUCUGCUGGCUCUGAGGGUAGACUGCAGAGACGACCACUCCCGUGCACACCCGGAGAUCCACCCCGUGACAAGCUGCCUCCAACUCCUCCAAACUGGCAACCUCGGCCUGUCCCAAAGGCUCCAGUACAGCCCCCUAAUGCUGCAGAGACCUGGUCUGGAAGGGAGCUCUCCAACAGGCAUUCACUUCCUCUUGCCCUCCCUUCAACUAUGGACACCCGGCCAGAGGCCCAAAGGCACAGCAGUGCCAUGGGACUAGACAGUCCUUUGAACUUCAGUAGUAGUUCAUCAGCAAGUCAGGAAUAUGACAACCCCAAGGUGAAAGCAUCCUCAUCGGCUAAUGCCAUUUAUGCACUCGCUGUCAGACCUGUAUCUGGCUUAAAGUCUCUGGGAGUGGAAGAUUUGAAAGACAGUGAUGACGAGUCAGAGUACAUGUCUCCUUCUUCUCGCCCUGUCUUGCCACCCCACCCCACACUUCCACAAGAGGCUAAUAAUCGUGGGCCACCACUUGCUGCUUCUAACCCACGGCUGGUGGUUGGAGAUCUGGAACUUGAAGGUCCUCAGAUGUAUGAAGCCAUGUUCAACAUUCAUUCACAAGCUUUUGCAUGUGAAGGACAGCAGGCAAAAGAUUCUGACUAUUCUGAACUCCCGCCUUCCACAGCUUCUGCCUCUUUAUCAGCUUCCAAUGGGCCUGGUGAUACAGAGAGUGAUGAGGAGAACAGCUAUGAUAUUCCAAAGCCUCCCUUGCCCAUUGCACCUGCCAGGCGUACCUUCUCUGACAUCUCAAGUGUGGCAUCGGCCUUUUACAGAGUAUCGGUGGACAGUAAUCCAGCUGCUCCAAAUCCCUUUUUGACAGAUUCCAGUCAGGCACCAGAGAGGCCUCCUAAACCUUUGCCACGUCGAAUAAACUCUGAUCGCCGACCGAGCCCCGUUCCCCAAAGCAGUGGCAAUGGAGCCAACCCUCAGAUUUCCUCUGAAAUUGAGAAUCUCAUGAGCCAAGGAUACUCAUAUCAGGACAUUCAGAAAGCACUGCUGAUUGCACAGAACAAUAUCGAAAUGGCCAAGAAUAUCCUGAGAGAGUUUGUUUCAGUUCCAUCAACUGCUCAUAUUCUCACGUAGCUGAAGCCUCAGUCCUUUGGAAUCCAGGAACGCCUUUAAGAUCGGUGGCAAGGUGGAAGUGAUUAUAAAUUCCAAACCUAGCCAUAGCAAGACCACCGAAGACUGCAAGGCUUGCUUGACAUGGUGCUUUUUCCUGUGUUUGAAGAAAGAGAGAAGAAUACCCUCACACUGCAGCUGUGGUAUGCAAAUAAACAAGAAGGAAAGACAAAGCAAACCUGACGUCUGCUUUUUUUUUUUUCCCUAAUAAUGUCAAAAACCUUCCAAGUUUCAUUGCAGCAAACCUAACUGGUGACGUGUUACAGAAGGGACUCCGUGUUUAGAAUGAUGACCUUUUGUGCCGAGCUCCUGAAGGUUUUAGGCCUGGGGUGUUUAAAUAACAGGAGCAAGUGCUUCAGAAUGCUGCUGUGUGGCCUUCAUUUCCCCUUCCCCUUCCCCUUUAAAUUUUGCUUCUGUUUUUGUUUUUUUUUUUGGCUUUAUGCAAGUGUGUUUCAAAUGAGUUCCUGAGAGUCCAUGGAUCUACUGCAUAACAUGCCUUAGUAACAAAUUUUCAUCUGAAGCC